AAUCACAGGUUAAAAAAAUCCAUCAUAAAAAAAUACGGCCAAGGAGGGUUGGUUCUCCGCUCAUCAAUUUAUCCCCAUCUUCACGCUCUUCACCUUUAUAAAGAUCGAGAACUUUGCAGAAUCCCACAAUCAUCUUCCUCCCUCCCCAUACGAAAAAGAUCACAAUUUUGAACUUUAUUAACUUCCAAAAGCAGGGUUCCCAUUGAUUAAAGUUCCCUCCUUUAUCACAAUUUCUCUCAAGGAGGAGAAACCAAACAUUCAUUUCCUAACAAAUUUCCUUCCUUUUGUAAAGGAUUUGUUAUCCUGGCCGUUCUUGACUGCUUAUUUCCCUUUUAAAUAGUUGGAGCGUGACAAUAUCUUUGUCUUCUCUUUAUCCAUGCUUUGCUCUUCUUGUGAAAACGUUUUUGGGGUAUUGGGUACUGGAUUGGGGACGUUUUUGUCACAUCGAAUGCAGCUCUAGAUUAACCAUCUAAUCAAAGAGAUAGAAUAGAAGAGAGUUAUGGCUUCUUUGAUAGCGAGGAAAGGAAGACACAAACAGCGGUACGAGAACGAAUUGAGGCUUGUUUCUGGGUGCAUUCCUUUCAAGAUUGAGAAGGAUGUUGCAGAUCAGGACAGUAAUGUUGAGUUUAGGCUUAGUGUUCUUAUGAUAUCAACGCCAAAUCGUGAUGAUCUUGUGUUUCCUAAGGGUGGAUGGGAGAAUGAUGAGACUGAUUGUGAAGCUGCAUGUCGUGAAGCCUUGGAGGAAGCUGGAGUGAAAGGAAAACUUCGUGACCGACUAGGAAGUUGGGAUUUCAGAAGCAAGAGCAGGCAGAAUAGCUGCAGUCUGGAAGGUGGUUGCAGAGGUUAUAUGUUUGCUCUGGAAGUGACUGAAGAACUUGACUCAUGGCCUGAGCAGGAGAGAUACAAGAGGAAAUGGCUUACCCCAGAAGAGGCAUUUAAAGUUUGUCGAUAUGAUUGGAUGAGGGAGGCUCUUAAAAAAUUGCAAGAGCUUUCUUUCAUUGCUGCUGCUGCUGCUGCUGCAGAUACCCUUGUAGAGCAGCAAAGGUUAUCAGCUGGCUGUUCUGGAAAACCAUCAACCAUGCAUCGCCUUGAAGAGGCUUGUUCUAAUUGUACUGUGCAAGGUUAUCAUUUGUUCAACCAUCCACCAUGUAUGCAUCACCUAGAAGAGUCAUGUGCUUAGUGUAUCGUGCAAGGUUGAAUGCCAACCAUUCUCCUAGAGAAGUUUUAUGCUCCCGACCACUGUUCAAAUGAUUUGCGUCUUAUGUUCUGUCAUUUCUUCUCUUCUUGCACAUUCCCAAGGAAACAUUGGAUUCAAAGAAGAUGCAAAUUGUUGUAUUUGUAGAUAUAAGCUUCUUUCUGAGUGUGUAGACGGUCCAUAAACUGAUGUAUUCAAUGAAAAGAAUUUUGUGUCUUCUUUGGCUAACUUCUUUCUCUCUCUUUUUAUUUUCUUAUUUUUUUGUUCAUUAGAGGGUUAGUUGCUCAGUAGUGCAAAGGUUUGAAUUCCUGAUUUUGAUCUCAAAUUAAGGUUUUUAAGUUAG